AUGCCUUUUCAAUCACAAUGGAAAGUCGACAUCCCAGAUGCACAUCUGGCAACGCUAAUUUUCAAAUCACCGACUCAUGCUCUAUCUACCACGCAUCGAUGCUUUUCAGAUGCGGCUCGGCCAGACACGCACUAUCUGACAACGUCGGAGUUCCGCCUUUGGAGUCAGAGAUUUGCUGCAGGUCUUCGAAAGUCGGGAAUCAAGAAUGGAGACCGCAUUUUGUUCUACUCAGGCAAUAACAUUCUUUUUCCGGUUGUUUAUAUGGGUAUUAUCAUGGCCGGUGCCGUUUUCACCGCUGCAAACCCUGCGUAUAUUGCUCGAGAACUAGCUUAUCAGCUAAAAGAUAGCGGAGCAACCUAUCUAAUCUGCGCUGAAGCAAAUCUUCCGACUGCUAUCGAAGGUGCAAAGCUGGCUGGACUGGGCACGAACAAUGUCUUCGUAUUCAAUGAUGCGGUAUUUCAAUUGGGAGGAACAUAUGCCAGCCCAAGGAGUCCAUUCCCCCCUACAAAAGGAUAUCGCUAUUGGGGAGAACUGCUUGCUUCUGUGGAAGAAGGCACUCAAUUCUGCUGGGAGGAGCUAUCCACUCCAAUUCUUUCCAAUAGAACACUUGCACUUAACUACUCGAGUGGAACUACUGGGGUUCCGAAAGGAGUAGAAGUUAGCCACAAAAACAUCAUUGCCAAUAUUCUACAGUACAAUCACCUCUUUUUUCUAGACCCGGGCUACAAGCCAAAGUUGGCGAGAGCAAAGUGGCUUUGCUUUCUACCAAUGUAUCAUGCAAUGGCUCAGAAUAUGUUCGUUGGCAUAGCAAUGAUGCGUCAAGUGCCGGUAUACAUCAUGGAGAAAUAUGAGUUCGUCAAGUUCCUCCAGGCUAUCGAAACGUUUCGCAUCACAGAUUUGACCAUGGUGCCCCCUGUGGUGGUGAGCAUGGCUAAAAGGCCAGAGGUAAAACACCACGACCUGGGAAGCGUGGAGACUAUAUUUUGCGGAGCCGCUCCUCUCGGUAGAGAGGUUUGUGAGGAGGCUGAAGCACUUUGGCCGGAUCGGCGAGUCAACAUCAAGCAAGGCUGGGGUAUGACCGAAACUACCUCUAUCGUGACGGCCUGGCAUCCAUUGGAUAAAUCUGACUCGGCGUGUGUUGGAGAGCUAGUUCCAAACUGUGAAGCUAAGGUUAUGGCUGAAGAUGAAGUGACCGAGCUGGGUCCAAACGAGCGCGGUGAACUCUGGGUCAAGGGACCUAAUGUAAUGAAGGGAUACUGGCGCAACCCUAAUGCCACCAAGGAAACCUUGAUGGCAGAUGGAUGGUUGAGAACUGGGGAUGUUGCUUUUAUGGAUAACAACCGGAAGUGGUUUAUAGUCGACCGCAAAAAGGAAUUGAUCAAAGUGAAGGGAAAUCAGGUAGCGCCAGCCGAACUAGAAGCUUUGCUUCUGGAACACCCCGCUGUAUCAGAUGUUGCAGUGACCGGUAUUCCUUUUGAGGGGGAUGAACGGCCAAGAGCCUAUGUGGUCUUGAAGCAAGGCAUGACGGCAUCUGCCGAAGAUAUUACCAGUUUUAUCAACGCUCGGGUCUCCCGUAUUAAGCGUGUGUCAGGUGGUGUUGUCUUUCUCGAUGAAAUUCCAAAAAAUCCCUCUGGAAAGAUUUUGCGAAAUGUGCUACGGCAGCGAGCCCAAGAAGAGGCUCGAGUAGAGAUGGAAAGGGCUAAACUAUAG